GCUUUUGAUUUUGAGCGAAUCAGAUUUGAGCGAUAUAGCAUUUAAACCGAGGGGAUACAUUCAUAGCUAUUGUCCAGCAGCAGUGCAGAGUUCUCCAUUCCUCACGAACUCGAACCAGUGGUUUAACUAUGGCUUUCCGCGUGACGAGGAAUCGUAUUGCUUCUGAGAAUGCCGUUGUUGGCAAGGCCGCCCAGACGGCCAAACCUACACUGCGGCCCAGGGCAGCGUUGGGGAAUAUCGGCAAUGUUGCGAUCUCCGUGCAGGGACCGCAAAGGCAGCUCAAAAAAGCUGAGACAAAUAUCCCCAAGCCCAAAACAAAGAAGGCCCCUGUGCUCUCUGUGGAAGAGGAGCCUGCCAAAGAGGAGCCUAAGGAAAUUCCCGAGCCCCCAUCUCCUUCUCCAAUGGACAUCUCGGGCUGUACUCCAUCAGAACUCUGCGACGCCUUCUCGGAUGUCCUGCUUGACAUCAAAGAUGUGGAUGCGGAUGACUACAAUAAUCCCAUGCUCUGUAGCGAAUAUGUCAAGGAAAUCUACAAGUACCUCCGACAGCUCGAGGUGGACCAGGCUGUAAAGCCCAAAUAUCUGCUGGGAAAUGAAGUGACCGGAAACAUGCGUGCAGUCCUCGUUGAUUGGCUUGUACAGGUGUCUGUGAAGUUCCGUCUUCUCCAGGAAACUCUCUUCAUGACUGUGGCCAUUAUUGACCGCUUUCUUCAGGACCAUCCAGUUCCCAAGAAGCAGCUCCAGCUGGUCGGAGUCACGGCCAUGUUCAUCGCCGCCAAAUACGAAGAGAUGUACCCGCCCGAGAUCUACGACUUCGCCUACGUCACGGACCACACGUACACCACCGCCAACAUCCGGGAGAUGGAGAUGACUGUGCUCAGGGUGCUGGACUUCAGCCUGGGACGACCCCUGCCCAUCCAGUUCCUCCGACGCGGCUCAAAGAUCGCAGAGGUGGCCGCCGAGCAACACGCCCUGGCCAAGUACUUCCUGGAGCUCUGCAUGGUGGACUACGAGAUGGUCCACAUCCCGCCGUCCAAGGUGGCCAGCGCUGCGCUGUCGCUUUCACUCCGCGUCUUCGACUGCGGCGACUGGGAUACGACACUGGCACAUUACAUGAACUUCACUGCGGAGGAACUCCUUCCUGUGAUCCAGCUCAUUGCAAAGAACGUUGUCAAAGUGAACGAUGGUCAGACAAAGAAUGUGGCUGUCAAGAACAAGUAUGCGUCUGCCAAGAUGAUGAAGAUUUCGACGAUUGCACAGCUCAAAUCAUCCCUUAUCACAAACUUGGCAACAAAAUCAAAGAAUUGUGUGUUGUAGUGUACAGAUAACUUAAGGGUUUUUGGGUUUUACCUGAAGCAGAUUCUUUUGAAUCAUUUUAUAUAUGAAGGGCUAAACUUGUUUUAAAAGUUUAGGCUUGUGUGAAUUUUAACUUUUUAUUCAGAAUUAAAAUUUCUACGAAACAA